AUGAAUGAUGCAAAGUCAAGCUUUCGAAGUCCUUUCGGGAUUAACCUUCUGGCAGGUGGAUUAGCAGGAUGUGUUGCAAAAACCUCAAUUGCCCCUCUUGACAGAGCCAAAAUUAAUUUCCAAUCCACUCGUAUGCCGUACAAUGUACGCAGUCUGAUCCAAUUUCUGAAGAAUACUUACUACAAACAGGGAUUCCUGUUUUUGUGGCGUGGUAACACAGCAACACUUGCCAGAAUUUUCCCUUAUGCUGCCAUCCAGUAUUCGGCUCAUGACCACUAUAAGUAUUUGCUGGGGAUUGAUUCAGCUAGGCAUUCACAAUAA